GCAGUCUUAGUUUGUUUUUAUGUGCUGUGCACGUAUAACUUAUAUGAAUGUGUGUUCGUUCACGGCCAUUGUGUUGAAAAAGUUUUUAAAUUUCUUAAUUUCUUAAUAAGAAAAUUCUACUGAUAUGUGUUAUCAAUGGAUUAUUACGACUUAGAAGUUGAUUAAAUCACAUUACUAAGUCGUUAGUAAAUUCAAGAUUCUACACAAACAUGCAAAAUUCACAGUCUUUCACCAAUCAUCCGCCUCGAAGCCCAACGACGCCUCCAUAUGAUUCGUCAAUCGAAGAGCUGGAUGAUUUAUGUGUUGAAGAUGACCUCGAUAUUCUCGACAAUAUAACCGAUUCGGCCCGAAAGCCACAUUUUUUGGACUAUGAUGCAAUUCCACCACCGGGAUUCGAGGAAGACGAUUGUAGCAGCACAAUUGCCGUCAAAGGGAUUCCACGCACCGUCUAUCCGAAUGAGAAUAUUAAGGUGGACAAAAUAUAUGAGACUGACGGCGAAAUUAGCGAUUUCGAACUAUCACAUCGGAAUCAAAUGAAACGAGAUCAAAGUGCAGAUGCACAUUCUGGUGCGCGUCGUAAGAAACAUUUUUUGGAUGAAAAUCCAAUACCGCCGGAUUAUGACUAUGAAAGGGAGCGGGAGCAUCGAAGUUUAGAUAGAAACUUUGAGCGGACAAGAGAAUAUGUUUAUGAACGAAAACAUUCAUUGGACAGAGAAUGUUCGUCGCGAAAAGUUAUGAAGGAGCCCAGCUAUACAUUGGCAAGAUUCCUGGAGAAUGAUGUAUCUCCAAUAUACCGUGGAGGGACAUGGCCAACAAACAGAUUGAACGAUGGUAGCGGUGGCCACUUUUCUAGUAUGCCGAAUAGCUCAGGAGAAAUUGGUAACCAGAGAGAAGCUAAGGUUGAAUGUGUCUAUUCGUUACUGUCCAUGUUAGGAAACAACGACCAGUUGGGAAUGUCCAGUAAAUUUCUGGAGCUAUCGAAAUCGCCCGACACGUGCGCCACAUUGCAUCAAACUAGAUGCAUUCCGCUAAUUGUACAAAUGAUUCAUUCUGAUGCGGAUGAAGAGACGAAAAAGAUGGCCACUAUGGCAUUACACAACGUUGUCAAUAGUCAUCCGGAUGAUAAAGCUGGACGUCGUGAGGCUAAAGUUUUGAAACACAUCGAGCAAAUAAUGGAAUAUUGUGACAUUUUGAAGACAAUGGCAGGAGCAGGAGAUACAAUGGCUGAUAUUAGUGAUUGUCAUCCAUCACAAGCUAUUUCCAGCCUGAUGAAAAUCAGCUUUGAUCAACAGCAUCGUAACGCUAUGUGCGAAUUGGGAGCACUACAGGCAAUCGCUAGUUUAGUUCACUACGAUCAUGCCAGUCAUGGCCACGAUUCCACAGAUCCGCACUGCAUUCUUUUGCGUAGGUAUGCUGGCAUGGCUCUUACCAAUUUGACGUUCGGUGAUUCAAACAAUAAAGCUUCUCUAUGCACAAACAAGGAAUUCAUGAAGGCAUUAGUCGCUCAGCUGAAUUCAAAUGCAGACGACCUGCUACAAGCAACCGCCAGCGUUUUGAGAAACUUGUCGUGGCGUGCCAAUGAUAAUAUGAAACAGGUGUUGAACGAAAUCGGCACUGUAACUGCAUUGUCGAAGGCAGUCAUGCAAAACAGGAAUGAAAAUACUCUCAAGGCCCUCUUGUCGGCUCUAUGGAAUCUAUCAGCUCACUGCAGUAUGAAUAAAGCCGAAUUCUGUGCGGUAGAUGGAGCAUUGGCCUUUUUGGUUGAUAUGUUGGUGUAUGACAGUCCAAGCAAAAAGCUCACUAUAAUCGAGAACGCUGGUGGAAUUCUGCGAAAUGUCUCUAGUCAUAUUGCUGUCAAAGAGGACUACAGAAAAAUAUUACGAGAACGCAAUUGCCUGGGCAUAUUACUUAACCAGCUCCAAUCUGAGAGUCUUACCAUAGUUAGUAAUGCGUGUGGAACCCUUUGGAACCUAUCAGCUAGAUGCCCGGAGGACCAACAAUUCCUUCUGGACAAUAAAGCAGUUUCAAUGUUAAGUCUCCUCAUUCACUCCAAACACAAAAUGAUCUCAAAUGGUAGUAAUGCUGCUCUCAAAAAUCUCCUAAACUUCAGACCAGGUGGUGUAAACCAUACUAGCUUGGAUCCGGUUGCAAAAUCAAUGAGACUGAAAGAAUUGCCAAGUUUAAAUGUAAGAAAGCAGCGAGCUAGAGAACAAGAACUUGAUCAGAAUUUAGCGGAAACGUGUGACAACAUUGACGUCACCACACCUCCGAAAGAAGAAAAGAAAGUCGACGAAUUUCUCCACUUCGAUAAUCAUCGCAAAUACCAAUUCCCUGAUCCACCUUGUUUGCCGAAACCAGUUAUUUCUCCGAAGGAAGCCACUGUGUCAACCGAAUCAACCAAAGAGUUGCGUAAGCAACAUGUGAGUGAAUUGGAGUGCGCAUCAAAUUCAAGCAAUGAAUUUGAGAGAGACGACGAGAAAAGCAGCAGUAGCCGUGGACCAGUCCCAACACCGCGAAAAAAUCUUAAAAAGGAAGACUCGGAAUCAUUUAGCGCAAACACAUCGUAUCAGGAAACCGAUCUGGAUCAAAUAACCAAUUUCUCGCUAAGAUAUGGGGAGAAUCAAAACGAAUCGUCCGACGACAAUGAUAUGAACGACGGAAACGAGAUUUUAUUGAUAUUGGGCGAUACAGUUAAAUGUUACGAGACGGAAGGAACUCCAUAUGUUAUUUCGAAUGCCGCCUCCGUUAGCGACUUGAGAGCUAAGCCUCCAGAACGGCAAGAAGUGAAGAAUAAAAUUGUUAAGAGUGGACACUUAACGGCAGAAAAUUCAGGAUUAAAUACGCCGGAGAAGCCCACUAAGUACUGUGAAGAAGGUACACCUGGAUGUUUCAGUCGAUACGAUUCGUUCAGUAGUUUAGAUGAAGAACAUGAAGAAGUAGACGGUCAAAAUAACACAAGACCGCAUAUUGAUGGCAAACUUGAAAUUGUAGCUAUUGCCGAAGAAAAUAUUGACGAAGAGCCAAUUAAGUCAGUAGAGAUAAGUGAAUCAGAGAAUAAUCCCAAUCCGACGGCUGGAGCAAAGGCAGUAACAUUCGGUGAUUUUGAGACACCAAUGAUGUUUUCCAGACACACUUCCCUGGGAUCGCUUUCUAGCAUCGAACCAACCAUUGGUGAUGAUCGGUCUUCCGUUGUAAGCGAAUUUAGUCGCCUAGCAAGCGGAAUCAUAUCACCAUCGGAAAUUCCCGAUUCACCGACGCAAAUUGUCGCCCACUCACCGCGACGGAUACCUGGAACGUCAGUAUCGUUUCCAUGUACCCCGCCGAAUCCACUUCGCAGUGUUUUCGAAGACAACCUUAAUCCAUAUGGUGUCGAGAAUACGCCAGCUCAGUUCUCCUACGCAACGAGUCUUAGCAAUUUGAGUCUAGACGACGAGCCAAAAAUCGAGACUGAUAUUACUACAAAGGAACUGAAUUUACUAAGCAUUGACGACGACACUGCCCGAAACGUGAAGCAGCUCAAUGAUGUGGAGCGUUUUGGCAAUUCGAAUGAUAUUGGAAAUAUCAACGCUAAUUUGUCCGACAGCGAUGAUCGAGACGAUGAAAUUUUAGAGUCCUGCAUGUCUAUGGGAAUGGGUCGUAUUGUGCGAUCUCAAAAUGCAAUUCAAAUGACCGAACAGGAUUCAAACGAACGUCAUCAGAAAGAAGUACUGUCCGACGACAGUUCCAGCAGCUGCAAUGAAAAUGAACGGUGUUUGUUGGAGAAACUCAUGCAAGGUGGCUUAGCUAAAACGACUAAGUCCAGUUCGAAGCCCGAUUUUCAUGCUUCGUGCGAAGCAUUACCGAAACAAGUCUACAAGGAGAAUCCAAUUCAUAUGUUGAAAAAAGGUGGAAUUCCUGCCUAUGUAGCAUCCAAAGACGAAGUAAACCGAUUCAUGGUCGAAGACAGUCCGUGCAGCUUCUCAGUAAUGAGUGAGCUAUCCGAUAUCACAGUGGGCUCUAGUGUCGCUGGAUUAGUUCCAGUUAACAGGCUAAACAAGACACCAGGACCUUAUGUGAACACGAUUCCAGAAGUUAGUCAACAAAGAAUUGGCGACAUUUCUUCUGAUUCCAUUUCGGCUGAUUCAGCCGACGAUGAGCAUUUAUUAAACGAGGCAUUGGCCAUCGGAAUGCAAAGUAAAACGUCUUCGAAACAACCGUCUGUGCUGCCAAAAUCGCAGAUUUUAUUACCGACAGCACCAUCAGCAUCACAAUGCAAACCAAAGUUACCAGCAACAAAUUCUCAAUCAAUUUCUUCCAAAACACCACGCCCAGACAAUGGCCAGUCAGCGAAUGGUUCGUUUAGUUCCAUCGAUUCAAGUGAUUCGUACGAUGCCUCGAUUCUUGAGCAUUGUAUGCAGGCCGGAAUGUCUAAGCCAUCGCUACGCAAACCACAACCAGCGACAUCGGAAAAAGUACCCUCGAAAGUGGCCUCGCCAAAGCGAUCUCAGUUGCCAACAUUUAAGUCACACGCUCAGUACGAACGUGAACGAAAGGAACGCGAUCGAAAGGAAGAUCUUCUGUUGACGGAAUGUCGAAAUGUUGGAAUGCAGAAAAUUGGACGAACUGAUGCACAAAUUAAACCACCGACACGACAUGUACGACAGAUUUUAGCACCAGCUACAUUCACCCAACAAUUGUCGAACACAAAAUCGGAAAGCGAACGAAACAGUCCUCCAAAAAACGCCGAGACUACGUCUGUAGUUGUGUCGGACUCAGUAGCAGCAGGUGCCCCCUUCACAACUCCAGACGUAGAGACGAUGUACCACACCGAAGGCACAAAAAAGUCAGAAAACGUUCUAGACCACCUUCCCACAAUAAAAACGACCAGAAUUGGAUCUAAUCAAAACGAUCAACUGAAUGACAUCAUGCAAAUGUCCUUCUGCAGUUUAAAUCUAAGCACCGGCAGCAACCUAUUGGAACGCUCAAACGAGUAUCCCGCUCUGAAGAUGAACACCAGCGAUUGUAUCGACGACUCCUGUCACGGAUCUAUCAUCGACAUGGAAAUUUCGAACGAAUGUCUUAUGGAACACUUUGAAAUGACAUCGUCGAAAGUAGAUAAGCAUAAAGAUCCAGAUUUGAUGCUCAAAUCGGUGGACCGAUUAACACAAGAACUUGUGUCUACAGCAGAAUAUUUGCGCACCACAGCCAAUAAUAACGAGGAAUCUGUGCACAAGAAAUCCAGCAGCAAUUCAAAUAAUACUUGGAAUGAAGACACCUGUCCCAAUGACGUGUCAUUUCCAAGCAUCAGCAUGACUGUUCCGCUCAUCGCAUCUAUGAACGAGGAUGAUAACACGUACAGCGAUUUAAACAAUUUCGAUUGUCAUAACGAUGGCUAUGAAGAGCAAACGCCCACAAACGACACCAAGAAUGUAAUGAACGAACUGCAGAACAACUAUUCCAGAACAUACAUCACCAGUGACGAGCAGUUUUUGGAGAAUGUAUCCAUGGACCGUACUCUGAAAUUGAUUGAUUGCACGUCACAACCGGAAUCGCUCGAUACGAAUACCAUUGUCAACGACAACAGCAACAAUUCGAACGGCAUUAACUUUCAAGUUGGUGGCGAGGUACAACAUACAUUUCGUGAUAGUCUGUCUAAUUAUCUAUCACCUCGUUCGUAUUCUUACGACACUGGUUCAACAAUGACAACAUCCACCAUCAUAGCGAAAGAGGCAAAUAAAUUGGUUGUUGAACUCUUAAAUAUGCAAACAAUGACCGAUAGCACGACCAGCUUAGACCUGGAUCAGGUUCGUCCGCCAUCGGGAAUGGAUUGUAUUAGCUUGUCUGGCUGCAACUUGGACACUCCGUUUAGUCCACAACUAUCGCGAUCACGGAAAAAAUCUCUUCCUCAUGGCAUCGUCGCGAAAAGAGCAUUGAGUCAUCUGGCACCAUCAGGUAGCACUGAAAGUGUAAAUUCGAGUUGCAAUCUGGACAACAUAAAACCGCCUUCGAUAAUGGAUGAGCUAUUGGAUUCAAUGAUUAGUGUCGCUAGCAUUACUUCUGAAGUUGUCGAGAACAAUGGAACCAAUGAUCACAGCUCUAAAUAUGAGACGGCCUUAAGUGAAAUCGAUGACACAACCACAUUACGCAGUUGCCUAGAUCUUCCGAACGAUUCAACACCGAUACCAUCCGAUUUCAGCAGUGCCGAAUCGACUCCAAAGAAAGUACGAAAUGUGAAGCGAUCGAUGACACCCAGACAGAAAAGACACUUCGUGAAGGAACGGUACCGCACAUAUACCAUCGCUGCCGAUAUGGUGUUAAGCGAUACAAUCGAUGAAAUUCGUGCGGAUAGUGAUGCAGAUGUAAAGAAUGACAUCUAUGAUGAUGAAGUGAUUCAAGUGGAAAUCAGCAGUAGCCCGAGGCGAUCGAUGUCCAAGCAGCGCAGAGCUGAAGACCGAGCCCGCUUUGAAACGCAGGUUCUCAGUCCCAUGUUGCCAAUCCAAUCGAGUUCAGCUAAUGGAACAGUUUUCAAUGAAAAACUAUCAAAUCCAAAACAGACCGACGAUGUGAAUGCAACAUUGUUGUCGAAUUUCAAAUCACAACAUCUGCUCGCUGACGAUACCAGUGGCGAUUCAAUGAGCUUGAUUUCGAAUGAAGAUGAUGAUGACGAUGAAGCUGGCAUGUCUUCAAUGCGAGCUCUAACAGCCAAAUUUACUUACAUAAGAGCUGGCAUUGUACCGGCACAACAGCACAUUCAAACGAAGCUGGAGAACGAAUGUAACAGUUUAGACUUUGAUCAAAACUCCGAAACUGAAUCGUGCGAUCAAAAUCACGACACCUACAUCAUUACUUCGAAGCCGAAGCCAAAAAUUGUGAAACCGAUCGAUCGUGAUUCAUGCUAUGAAUCGAACUGUACGGACGAUAAUGGAAAGUCACCGGAAACGAAAGCAAUACGCGGCAAAAAGAAGUCGUCGUACGUUUCACCAUACAGCAAAGAAUCGGUUACGAAAAUGCCAACGAAAAAAACGGUUGCUUCCAGCGUCCUGCCGGCUCGUAAUAAAAUGUUGGAUGAACGUAAAGGUAUUGUUGCCAAGGCCGACAAUGCCACGAUUGUCACAAAAACGCAUAUUCUGCUAAAUAAAUCGAGUUUAGCCAGCAAAUCUACAAAGGUUACUACACCUAAAGUGACAAAGGAAGUUGAAAAGCCGAAUGCUGGUCGGCCACUUCCUGCUAAAACUAAAGCUCCAGCAACUGUAAUGAAAAGUCCCGCAAAAUUAGCAUCACCACAAACGUUACCGGAAAGGCAAGGCACAUUCAUCAAAGAAGAACCAUCGAGUCCCGAUGUACCCGUUGUCGUUUCAUCCGAACCAUCAUCCCCAUCCAGAACGACACGUCUUCCGACAAAACUUCCAGACGCCAAAUCAACCACUUCCCUUACAAAGAGCCGUACAUUUUUGUCCAAAUUAAAAUCACCACUCCAACGGCCACAAUCAUCCGCCAAACCAUUGCCAUCGCCAGUAACUGAUUCAUCGAAGCGUCGUACACUGACCAAUGUAGCCAAACCUGUUAUACCACAGCGAUCCAACAGCCAAACUACAAUCAAACCGCUCACCAAACGGGAUCCAUUUUCCACUCAACCUCCAUCGAGAAGUAAUUCGAAUUUGGUGCCUCCACAGAAACGAGACGUUACCAGUCGCAUAUCUAGCAUAUGGAAGCGAUCCGAUGAUACGAAACCGGCAACGGCAACAAACAAAAGUGCUAAUGUUGUGGGCAAGAAGCCACCAUCGGGCAGUAAAUUAAGUCGAAGUUCAACAUUUGAUAACACACCAAGUAAUUUAGUCGUUAACACUAAUUGAACGUUGCAAGAUAAAUAAGACAGAAACAAAAUAAUUAUUUCAUCAGCUACAUUAAAUAUUAACAUUAGUGAGAGAUACGGACGUGAUUGAAUGGAAAGAAAAUUUAUCCAAAUUCAGCUAUAAAACUUGAUACAUGUGUCCGAAGUAGAAA